AUGCCAAAUCUUGGCGAAGAGAGUUUCCAGGGUUUUCGUCAAGCCAGGUGCUUCUCCGGGCGCACUGAUGGAAUUAGGCGACAAGGUGUCGGACUCACUCUCUCCAAACGCAUUAAGAACUCUCUGAUUUCUUAUUCCCCUGUGUCCGAACGGAUUGUCUGGGCCAGACUACACAGCCAGCAGAUCAACAUCUCUGUUGUGGUGGCUUAUGCACCAACAGAUGGGUCCAGUGAGGCUGAGAAGGAUGGUUUUUACACCCAGUUAGCGGACACUUUUGCCGACUUACCUGGACAUGACGUUAAGCUUCUCCUGGGAGAUUUUAACAGUAAAGUAACAUCCGACUACUCGUCUAGGAGAGGGGUCAUUGGAAGUCACUCCUUGCACAGUGAAUCAAGUGAUAAUGGAACUCGACUUCUUGACUUCUGUACUCUGAACCAGCUCACUAUCGGGGGUACCCUCUUUGAACAUAGAGACAUUCACAAGGGGACAUGGAGAUCACCUGAUGGUAAAACAGUCAACCAGAUCGAUCACAUUUGCGUUAGCACCAAAUGGAGCCACUCCUUAUUGGAUGUGAAAGUGUGUAGAGGAGCAGACAUUGGAUCUGACCAUUACUUGGUCAGGGGCUACCUAAGGAUCAAGCUAAAGGCAGUGAACAAACUGGAUGCUGCAAAACACUCCUUCUCCGAUCUGGAGCAGCUGCGCAAUGGGUCGAAGAUAACAGAGUACAACAUUGAACUAUCAAACCGGUUUGAAUGCUUACCUGUUGAGGAGGAUGAGCCUCUUGAGGAUGCAUGGACAAAGUUUACUGAAACGGUGCACUCUGUGUCAGCCGAGGUGCUGGGUGAUCGUCCGAGAAAAAGACGGCAGCAGCAUCUAUCGCAGGUCACCAAAAACCUGAUCAAGAAGCGGGCUGAGGUCAAGAAGCGAGACCCCACACUUGAUCUCAACCGGUCCGAGUACUCCAAACUUAACAAGAUGGUAAAGAAGAGUUGUAAGGCCGAUGACAACAAUUGGGCGUUGGGGGUUGCCACAGAACUGGAAACUGCAGCGGGUAAUGGGAAGCAGAGAGAAGUCUGGCAAAAGAUAAGAAUUCUUUCGAACAAGCGUAGCACGAAGUCCUCAGCAGUAAGAGAUAAAUCUGGCAAGCUAAUUUCUGAUCCUGAAUCCCAAAGAGAACGCUGGGCUGAGCAUUUUUCUGAGUUGCUGAACCCUCCACAAGACAGUGUUGACCUAACAGUACUAGACAGUUUACCAGGUAUACCUUGCUUUCAAUAUCUUGGGGAGGAGGAUGGCCCGCCGACAGUUGAGGAAAUUCAGAACGCCUUGAAAAGACUGAAGAACCACAAGACUCCAGGCGUGGACGGUGUAUUCAAUGAGCAACUAAAAUAUGGUGCACCUGGCUUGACGAAAACCCUGGAAACUCUCUUCGCCAAGAUUUGGCAUGGCGAGGCUAUCCCCGAGGAUUGGUUUGGUUGGUUGGUGGGACAGCAUUACCUCAGUAUUAUCAGUUAA